ACGUGCGCAGUGGGCGCAGUGUACACUUACCGGUUACCCCAACUCAAACAGAUCUCUUUCCUCUCUUUCUAGACUUUAUAUAAUUAAGCUCACUCUUAAAUUCAUUUUUCCCUCAACAAAAUCAGAACAAUUGAGCAACAAUCUGGACCAAAUUUCACCAAAUUAAGCAUCACCCAUUUCAAUUUAACUAUCCAAUUGCAAUACCCACAUCUCAAUUCCUCGAAAUUCCUCCAAGUUUUUUGGGGAUUUGGCGUUUUAGGUCAACCUUAAACUGCAAAAUUUGAAUGUGAUAAAAGAAAAACUAAUCUAAUGGAUCCUCCAUUGAUAAGUGAAGGUUCAUUCUCAACAGCAAACCCUUCAAUGGCUGAGAUUUGGCCGUUUAACGGCGGCGGCGAUUCUGACGGGGGCGGAAUGUUGGGGUUGAGAAUGAGUAGUGGUAGUGGUGGGUUUGUGAGUAGUUUGAUUGAUGGGUUAUUGAAUAAUAGUGUUGUUGGAGUAAUGAAUAGAGAUACAUCAAUUGAAGAAUCAACUGUCACUGACCAAAGUGGUAGUCGCGGCGGCGGAAGAAAGAGGAGAGAAAAUGUUUCAGAGGAUGAGUCUUCUAAGAUUGUUUCCACUACUAGUAGUGGCAAUGAAUUGAAAGAAUCAAAUGGUAAACGAACCAAAACAUCCUCACAGGAUGAAAAUGGCAGUUCAAAGGCUGGAGGUGAAUCAAAUUCAGCAGGUGGUAACAAGCCUGCUGAUAAAUCAGCUGAACCACCAAAAGACUACAUUCAUGUCAGAGCAAGAAGGGGUCAAGCUACAGAUAGCCACAGUCUUGCAGAAAGAGCCAGGAGAGAGAAGAUAAGUGAGAGAAUGAAAAUUUUACAAGAUUUGGUUCCUGGAUGCAACAAGGUUAUUGGAAAAGCACUUGUCCUUGAUGAGAUUAUCAACUAUAUACAAUCCUUACAACGACAGGUUGAGUUCUUGUCCAUGAAGCUGGAAGCAGUCAAUUCUGGGAUGGUCCCUUCUAUCGGGGGAUUCCAUUCAAAAGAUGCUAAUCAGCUAGGGAUGUCCUCAUUUGAUCCAAGUAUGAUGUUGGCACAAGCUGCUAGAGAAUUAGCAGCCGCAGCAGGAGGAGGAGGACCGCAAUCAGAGUGGUUACAUAUGCAAUUAGGCGGAAGUUUCGAACGAACAUCAUGAUUCCUUGUAAAAGAUCGCUUUGAAAUUCACUACCUUAAUCAAUUAUUUCACAUAAUCAGGGAACAACUCUACCUACAUCAUUCUACUGUUUGGGUGGGGAUGUUUAUUUCUAUAUUUAAUUUUCCUUGAUUUGUAAUACAAGAAUACUGCCUUCUGUAGAAAGUAUUCAUUGUAACCUUCAGCCCUGUUGUAUGACCCUCUAACUAGUACCCAAAGACUGAAGAGUCCUAGGUUGCUGAAAGUGUUGAAUCUGUAUAACCGAGAUUAUUAUGCUUCUAAGAAAAAUCUUCUAUUAUAAUGACUAUUGUGAGAUGUGGUCUACUAA